AUGUCUAUUUUGUUCAGUGUAAUAGCUAACAAAAAAAAUAUAAUCCAUAAAUACGCUACUUGCGAUGGAAACUUUAUUGAUAUUGUGAGUGAAGUGUUGUCAAAAAUAUCGUUUAAAAAUAAUAAAAUGACGUACAUUCAUGGACAGUAUUUAUUUAAUUAUGUAAUUGAAAAUGAAUACGUGUACUUCUGUGUCACCGACAGGACUUGUCAACGAUCAAGAGCGUUUCUUUUCCUAAAUGAAAUUAAGAGAAGUUUCACUCAUAAGAAUACAGAAGACUUUACUAGUAUAUUAGAAACAGAAAUGUCGCGCUACAGUCAAGAAUAUAGUCAUAUAAAAAUUUUGGAUGGAGAACUGGAUGAAAUUAAUAAGAUCGAUAUUGAAAGCAGCGAGAGCAUACUUGGUGAGAAAAUUUUACUAAUCAAAAAUGAAGAUAAUAGUUUGGAAUUUAGUACAAUAACAUCCAUGGGAAAACCUCCGCAGAAAAUUACUGUAUCCAUCGAAAGAAAGAACUUAUAUACAAUAAUUGUCAUCGCCCUAAUUAUCAUAGUGUUAAUAAUGUACAUUUUAGGACCUUUAAUAUUAAUAACUAUUAUAGGUGUAUUUUUAAUAGAUACAGUUAAUCGAAAAAAUAUAAAAAGUUAA